UACCAAUAUCAUGCUUUCAUUCGCCGUCUUGUGUUGUUUAUUUUUAUUUGUAAAAUUGAUACAGCUUUGAACACAGUUAAAAGCCGUACGUUAACUUUAUUAAAAUUUUCUACAUAUACUAAGAAUUAUACUCGAUUUAUCAUCAGCGUCGUGGAUACUAAAAGUCUUUUAUAACGGAACAUUGCUACAAUUUUCAGCAUAUUAAAUAUUUCUGCGGACAACAUUGUGGAAUAUAUGUUAAAUGUCUGAAUCAAUACUUCACUACCCUUAAAAUACAUAGUAUGCUACCACCACCUGCGUCAUAUUCAGUGAAACAUUACUCAAAUAAAGUAAAAGACAAUGCAAUUAAAGAAAGUGAAAAAACAGAUUCUCAGAAAUCAGAUAGUGAACAAGAACUAACUAAGAUAAAAAAGAUGUUUCCCAAGCCGCGGGUGACUCUUAAUGAAUUGCGAGCAAGGGCACAGGAAAAGAUAUUUGACAUUUAUUACAAGCAAAUCAUGAAGAAAAAUGGACAGCCCGAUUGGAUUUGUACAUAUACUUUUACAUGGCCAGAGAAAAUUAAGUUUGAAAGCGUCGCUAUAUCAAAAAAGAAAGCCGCGGAAAACACAGCGAUACAGGCUCUGCACUGGUUUUAUAAAAAUGAAAAAAUUGAUUAUUGGGGCCGUCCCAUCUACGACAAAUCGGUGAUAGAUGAAGUUACAAGAACUCUGAAAAAAGAUAUACAUGUUACUAUAAGCGAAAAUUCUGUGGAGAGGAUAAAUAGGAUAUGGAAUGAAUAUGAGAGUGAAAUAAAAAACAUCUAUGAAGAUACCUUUAGAGAAGCUCAAUGUAAAUUACAAAAUAACGGCUCUGCUUUCAUCAGAGACUCGACUAUAGACGAAGAAGAUUAUUCAGAAGAACUAUUUAUAAAUGAAGAUGACAGAAUGGACUUUCUAACAGACAACCAAUUACCGAUCCAUCCUGUAUUCGGCAAACUAGUGUUUCCAAACGAAACAGCGUUAAAGAAACGCGAGCGAACAUUAGAACAAACGUUCAAACAAUACUAUGAGAAUCUGACUCCAUUACCUAUUGACGGAUAUACUGAGCAGAUAACCUCAAUGGUUGACAAGUCUCGAGUGGUAGUGAUAGUGGGUUCGGCGGGUUGCGGUAAAUCGACGCGGGUUCCCGCUGCGAUACUGAAGCACUGCGGGGCGGAAACGACAGUUAUAGUGAGCGAACCCAGGCGGGUUGCCGCCUUAGGGCUCGCUCAGAGGGUUGCUGACGAAAUGUGUGAAGAGGUAGGGGAAUCUAUUGGAUACCAAGUACGUCUCCAAUCCAAACCACCCCGACCUCCCGGUGGAGCUGUUUUGUACUGUACGUCUGGAGUUCUACUGAGAAGAUUACAAUUUAACCCAGGUCUCCACGGUUGUUCGCACGUUAUCAUCGACGAAGCUCACGAGCGCGAUGUCAACACAGACAUAACUCUAUUACUACUAAAGCGAGCUCUCGACAUAAAUCCCGAAUUAAAAGUCAUUGUCAUGAGCGCCACUUUGGAUACCGAGGUUUUUACUAACUAUUUCGACGACUGCCCCAUAAUAGAAGUACCGGGAAAGACGUACCCUGUGGAAGAGUUGCACUUGCCGGAUAUUCGACGGAAAUUCGACUUGGACCUGCCCAACAGCUUAGAAAACUCCUAUGGAGAUUACAAAAAGCCUCGGGUUAAUUGUCAAGAGAUUGUGGAAGUGAUAGAAGCCGUUGCCGAAACUCAACAAGAAGGCGCAAUACUAGUGUUCCUGCCCGGCUGGGCCGAAAUUAAACAAACGAAGAUGUUACUCGACGAGUUAUACGAAGACUCAACAUUACACAUAAUAUUGCCUGUUCAUUCUAGUUUAUCAUCAGAGGAACAAACCAAAAUGUUCGCAACUCCGGCUCCUGGUAUCCGCAAGAUAGUACUAGCCACUAAUAUAGCUGAAACAUCAAUAACUAUACCCGACGUAGUUCACGUCAUAGACGGUGGAGCUCAAAAGGAAAACAGGAUCAAUGAAAUCACUGGUUCGACAACAUUAGAAACCGUUUGGGUGUCUCAAGCUGGAGCAGAACAGAGGGCCGGUAGAGCGGGCCGAGUGAAGCCGGGCUACUGCUACAAAAUGUACACGGAACGCAAGGAAAUGGAGCUCGCUCCGUACACAACGCCUGAGAUACUCAGGAUACCUCUAGAACAAAUAGUGCUCGAGAGUAAGUCCUACGCUCCGGACGAAAAAGUUGAAAGUUUCCUGUCUAAACUACCGGAACCGCCGAACAAAUACGCCGUACAGAUGGCCGUCAACGAUCUCAUCGAUCUUGGGGCGCUGACGUCGUCGGAGCAGCUGACCCGCCUGGGCGCCCUGCUGAACAGCCUGACGCUCCACCCGCGUCUGGGCCGCUGCGUUUUGAACGCUGCGAUUAUCGGCUGCGUUCUGUCCGCUAUCAACGUGGCCACACACGAUUCCGCUAGCGUCGAUUUGUUCAAUAACUCCGCUGAUAGGCGCGAUGAAAUACGUGAAAUAAAACGUCAAUUCAGUAAAACAUCAGACCACGCAGCAGUCGACUGGAUACAAGACGAAUUCGAACAGGCGUUAAAAGAGUCGGGCUGGACAGGUGUGGAUGUAUGGUGCGAUAAAUACGGCCUGCGGAAGGAUAGGCUGAAUUAUGUCAAGUUACUCUCAAAACUUCAUCUGGAGCAUUUAUUAAAAACCGGUCUAAUAGAGCGGACGACAGAACUCGAUGAAAUUAACCGGUUCUCUGACAUCGAUGAACUGACGUCCGCUGUCUUGUUAUCCGGUUCUAACUCGCUACUGGUCACGAAGAAACAUGUUGAAACGACGGGCAAACUGAAGACUGUUGUUACUGUGUUUACUAGUAAAGGCGAGAGAGCACAUAUAGCAAGUGACAGCGUCAACCACGGUAUAACAAAGUCCCCACAACUCAACACGCAACUUUUAACCUACUUUGGCGGACACCAUUCAGUGGAAAGACGAGCUUUAGUUGUUCACAAGACGUCGUUGAUAUCACCCCAUACUGUUUUAUUGUUUUCUAAUGGGGAUAUCAAACGUGAAGGCAGUGAUGGGGAGACAAGUGAAUUACAUCUAACAAAACACAACCUCAAAAUCUACAUGCCUACUAGUCAAGCGGAGUUAAUCCUGAAAGCAAGAGAAAUGCUACACACAACUCUGCAAUACUACAUAGAGAGGGAUAUAAGAAAAGUUAAAUUCGAUGAUUUAACUUUAAUAUCUAGAUUUAAGACAAGACUCGUGAAAGCACUAGGCAGAAUCCUAGUUGAAGGUCAUAAGGAAUAUGUACCAGAAAUUGAUACUGGUAGAUAAAUAGAUUAUUUAGAUUAAA